AUCUGUGAUUCAUAUUCACAUGUUUGACACCUGACAAGUCUGACUUGUUGUCAUUUGUUAUUACCUACAAAAAAUGGAAUUUAGAAGAUACACAAAAAUUGAAUAUUAAGCUCUCUACAGUACUUUGCUGUGAUGGAUCCGCCGGAGAUUUUGCAGAAAAAAUUAUACUUCCUUUUGGAACAAUUGCAAAACAUGGCUAGAGAUUUGCCACCGAAGUACCAGAUGCGCCUUCCCUAUGAACUCUUGUCAAGUUUAGCUAAUUGUUUACUAAAUGAUACAGUGUUUGAGAUAGUGAAAGGGUUGCUUGAAAUUCAACAUGUGACAGAACAACAUCUUUACCAGCAACGAUUACAGUUUCUUAACACAAAAAAGUUAGAAGAACAUGAAGUGCUAAAUCUGUACAGCAGUGAUUCAGUAAAAAAAGUGGAAGAAUUAAGAAAGCUUAUGUUAAAACAGAAAGAAGAAUUGAAACAGUUUGAUAUGAGUUUGGUACUACAGUUAGAUCAAAAGGUUGCUGACCAACAACAAGUUCUGGAACAAGCUGGUGUACCAGGCUUUUACGUAACGAAAAAUGUGGUGGAAAUAAAAGUACAGAUGCACUUAUUGGACUUCAUGCUUAGAUUAAGUAAAAUGACUUUACCGUCAUAAACUGAGCCAUAUAAAUAGUACGGCUUACCUUAUGCUCCCAAAUGUAAGCAUUUAUAUUAUAUGGAUAAAACCGAAUUAACUGACAAGUACAUGCUCAAUUUGUGAGGUAUGUAGUUGUAUUGAUCAUUUACUUAAAAAGCCAUGUAGUUGUUAUUGGAGUGUAAUUUUUCCUUGCUAUGUUUAAUUCUUAAGUUAUGGAUAUAAGAUUGGAGACAUGGAGGACAAGGUGGACAGAACUACAGUAAAAGCAGUAUUAAUUUUUUCUAUUUAUAUAACAUUAACAAAUAUACAUAAAAAAAUUCUAAUAAUUUAGAACAUUAAUCUUCUAUUGUUACAAUGUUUGUGAAUAGAAUAUAAAACAAA